AAUUGUGGCUUCAUGGGCUAUUUCUGGUCUUUUCUCUAGAGCUGUGCAAAUAGGCGUUCAAGGACAUUUGCUUGCGUUUUGAACUCCACGCCCUCGGAGACGUUUUGAUAAGGCUGGUAUUUUUAGGAAGGCAUUUCGCCCAGACAUCAAGUGGUUUAGUAGGUGUUGGCUUUCUUGUAUGAUUUUCUCUCCCUCCUCCCCUCCUGCUCUUGCAAAAAAAGAAAAAGAAAAAGACCUUUAGGAGAUUAUUACGCAUUUCGGGAAAAGCGAGAUCGUGUCUGAUCUCAUCGCCAGUGUAAACUGCAAUGAACAACGGCGAAGUCAGCCUGACAGCAAGGGUGUGUUUUUAUUCCAGCGUUGUGAUCUCUGAAGACUGAUCUAGGUUGGUUAGAUGACUGCCAAUUGAAUCUACUCAGAAGAAAAUAUGACUGAGAUAGCUUGAUGCUUCAGACUAUGAAACAAGCGGAAGAAUGCUUAUGGAUUUAAAAUUAUUGUAUUUACCCAGUUGUUAUGGUUCAAGGAAUCCUAGGAUAUUAAUUUGUUCAGUUAUUAUUUGCACAGCUACAAAAAAUUGCUUCUGAUGCAGCUAAGAAAAAUGCAGUCCAUUAAAACAGAACAAGCACCUGCUGAUACAAGUAGCAAUGUGGACAAUAUUAUGGUACUUAAUUCCACAUUAACCGAUGUAUCUGAUGACUUAGGAAGUGGUGAAGACAUGUUACUAAAUGAAGGAAGUGUUGUAAAAAACAAAUCUUCCACAUGCCGGAGAAAACGGGAAUUCAUUCCUGAUGAAAAGAAAGAUGCUAUGUAUUGGGAAAAAAGGCGGAAGAAUAAUGAAGCUGCCAAAAGGUCUCGUGAAAAGCGUCGGCUGAACGACCUUGUGUUAGAGAACAAAUUAAUUGCACUGGGAGAAGAAAAUGCCACUUUGAAAGCUGAGUUACUUUCACUGAAGCUAAAGUUUGGUUUAAUUAGCUCUUCAGCAUAUGCCCAAGAAGUUCAAAAGCUCAGUAAUUCAACUGCUGUGUAUUUUCAGGAGUAUCAGAAUUCCAAAUCAAGCAUUAACUCUUUCAUUGAUGAACAUGAGCCAACUAUGGUGGGCAGUAGUUGCAUAUCUGUCAUUAAGCACUCACCACAAAGCUCUUUAUCUGAUGUCUCUGAAGUUUCAUCAGUAGAUCAGGCUCAGACAAGCCCUAUACAAACUAAUUGCAGAAAUCCUGAAACUAAGUUUCAAAUCAUAAAACAGGAGCCUAUGGAAUUGGAAAACUAUACAAGAGAUCCACGGGAUGAAAGAAGCUCCUAUGCAUCAUCCAUGUAUCAAAACUAUAUGGGAAGCAACUUUAGCGGUUAUUCCCAUUCUCCUCCUCUCUUGCAAGUUAACAGAUCCUCCAGUAACUCUCCAAGAACUUCAGAGGCAGAUGAUGGUGUUGUAGGAAAGUCAUCAGAUGGAGAAGAUGAGCAGCAGGUUCCUAAAGGCCCAAUCCACUCCCCUGUUGAACUUAAAAAUACUCAUGCCACAGUUAAGGUUCCAGAGGUGAGCUCUUCUGCACUGCCUCACAAGCUUCGAAUUAAGGCCAAGGCCAUGCAAAUCAAAGUGGAAUCAUUAGACAAUGAAUUUGAUGCCACCCAGAAACUUUCAUCACCAAUUGACAUGUCAUCUAAAAGACAUUUUGAGCUCGAAAAGCACAAUGUACAAAAUAUGGUACAUACUUCCCACACUCCUUUCUCUGUUCAAGUGACUAACAUUCAGGACUGGUCUCUGAAGCCAGAACACUGGCAUCAUCAACGAGAACUCACUGACAAAAUUCAGACUGCCUGUAAAUCUGGAGUGGGUGAUAUUAAAGACAAUUCCUACAAGGUGUCUGAGACAGAGAACUUGUAUUUGAAGCAGGGCAUAGCAAAUUUGUCUGCAGAGGUUGCUUCGCUUAAAAGACUUAUAACUACACAACACAUUUCUGCUUCAGAUUCUGGCUAAAUUACUACUGAAUAAAUGCUCAUUGUAUUAAAGGAUGUCAUUUGCAGUAGACUGAUAUGUUUUGUAUUAUGCUGAAUUUUCACUGGACUUGUGAUGUCAUUUCACUGUAAUGUUCACAUAAUGUCUGAUGGAUAGUGUCUUUUUGUGCACAAAUGACUAUGAAGAUUAGAUUGUCAUGAUCACUAUGCCUUGUGUAUAGUCAGGUAGCCUGUGCAAAGGCUGUAUAUAGUGAACAUUAUUUUUCUGUUGUUCUGUUACUAUAAAUUGUGAAAGUUAUCAGUUCCAAUUAAAAAAUUGGUGACAAACACAUAACUAGUUUGCUGUCAGUCAGUUUCUAUUAGCCUGUAGAUAGAGUAAGCACAAUUCAAAGAACUGUUUCCAUUUUCUUAGGCACAGAUUACUUAUUGGGACAGUAGGAUCCCUUUCCCCCCAAAAUUGAAUCUUUUGCAUUGGCCUGGCGAACUACUUUUGCAUUUCUAAGUGUUAUAAGUGAAACACUGGAAGUACUUACAGUACAAGGGAAUGAAGAAGUGCCUGAAAGAUUUUUUGAAUUGUGACUAUUUUGUUUUAGAACAGUUUAUUAAAUUAGUGUGGUCACAAAGUAGUUAAUUAUAAAAAGAACUCACGUGAAGCAAAGUCUGAUGCACAGAUGAGGGAAAAUCUGAAAUCAUAUUCAUAAGGAGAAUGAAAACAGCCAAUGACAAUCUUAUCAGAUCUGUAUAAUGAGAACUCAUUAUACAAAAGGGAAUGAUGUGGUCAUCACCAGUCUGUCAGUCUGACUGCUCUAACUCCCAGUGCUUUCCUUGAGGAUUAGAGAAAGUUACAUAGAAUGAGAUGGUAUCAGACUCAGACUUGCCACUUUCACAACAGUCGCUGGGUCUCAAUUUGUCUUGGAGUGAAUAUAUUUUAGAACAUGCAAACAUGCUCAGCAUCCUUUAUAGAUUUUCAUCAUGUAGA